GAGUUUUGCAAAGCUGAAGUAGCCAAGAGGGACAGACAAAGACUGAGACACGUGAUCUCUCUCUGUGGGAUCUGUUGCGGUUCCUUCCUUCGAUCCACCAUCUCAGAUUUCAAAUCAACCCAUUCUUUCUCAAGUUUUGGGUUUAGAUCUCUCUCUCUGAUCACCAAUUAUGUUCAUCUUUGAUUGGUUCUAUGGCAUUCUUGCUUCCCUUGGUCUCUGGCAAAAAGAAGCCAAGAUUCUCUUCCUUGGUCUCGAUAAUGCCGGCAAAACUACCCUUCUUCACAUGCUCAAAGAUGAGAGAUUAGUUCAACAUCAGCCGACCCAACAUCCCACUUCGGAGGAAUUGAGUAUUGGAAAGAUCAAGUUUAAAGCUUUUGAUUUGGGUGGUCAUCAAAUUGCUCGGAGAGUUUGGAAAGACUAUUAUGCUAAGGUGGAUGCGGUAGUUUACCUAGUCGAUGCCUACGACAAAGAGAGGUUUGCAGAAUCUAAGAAGGAGCUUGAUGCCUUGCUCUCAGACGAAUCCUUGGCAAAUGUUCCAUUUCUUAUUCUAGGAAACAAGAUUGACAUCCCAUAUGCAGCUUCAGAAGACGAGCUACGAUAUCAUCUGGGCUUAACCAAUUUCACCACCGGUAAAGGAAAGGUGAAUCUUAUAGACUCCAACGUUCGACCACUUGAAGUAUUCAUGUGCAGCAUUGUCCGCAAGAUGGGAUACGGCGAAGGCUUCCAGUGGCUUUCACAAUAUAUCAAGUAGAGUCCAAUCUGUUUGCUGGUCAACUAGGCACUGUUCUGCAGUUAAAUCACAAGUUAUUUACCUUUUGUUUUUGCUUUUGAUUGGAUUAUUUGAUACAACUGCAGUAAUGUUACAUGGUAAUAACAUUUGUAUCUGUAGAGGUUUUUUUUAAGCACUUGAUUAUGUUGUAGGAUGGAAUGGCUUGGCAGAAACUUAAAUAAUUUUGAAGAAUCUUAAUACAGUUUUUUCCCUCUUA